UGAACGUCAACAUUCUCUAUUCUAAAUUACCAAAUAAACAUCUAAACACAACAAAUAUGGAUAAAGACGUAUCAAACUACUCUGUGGUCGGUCGCAUAGGCGAAGGCGCCCACGGCCUCGUAUUUAAGGCGAAGCACUUGCCUACGGGGCGCGAGGUGGCCCUGAAGAAGAUCUUGAUCAAAAACCUGGAGGAUGGGAUACCGGUCAAUGUGAUGAGGGAAAUUAAGGCUCUGCAGCUGCUUCGGUGCAAAUAUGUAAUAAAACUCUACGAAAUGUUUCCCCGCGGCAUGAGCCUGGUGCUGGUGUUGGAAUACAUGCGCUCAGGGUUGUGGGAUAUGCUCCACCACAACCAGGGCGCGCUGACGACGCCCGUCGUGAAGAGCUACGCUCAGAUGCUGCUGAAGGGCACGCGGUAUAUGCACGCUCACUACGUCAUGCACAGGGAUCUCAAACCAGCGAAUUUACUAAUAAACCAUGAGGGUAUCCUGAAAAUCGCAGACCUUGGCCUAGCGCGCCUGUACUGGCCCGACGGCGGCCGGCCCUACUCACACCAAGUGGCUACGAGGUGGUAUCGUGCCCCGGAGCUUCUGUACGGGGCAAGGUUUUACAACGAGAAGGUGGAUAUGUGGGCUGUCGGCUGCAUCAUCGCGGAGAUGGUACUUAAGAAACCGCUGUUUGCUGGUGAAUCCGACAUCGAACAACUAGCCAUAGUCCUCCAGCAUCUCGGCACCCCAACAGAGGAAACGUGGCCAGGCCACGCCCAGCUGCCAGACUUCCACAAGAUCACAUUCCCUGAGUCGUCACCCACACCUUGGUCGGAAUUGUUACCAGCGGUAGAAGCAGAUGCUGUCCAGCUAGUCAAGUCUUGUUUGUGCUAUGGUGCUGAUAAGAGGAUUUCUGCUAAGCAGGCUCUACGGCAUCAAUGGUUCCAGACACGGCCCUUGCCAGUGCCUUUAGCGGAUAUGCCGAAACCAACAAGUUCUGCUAAGCUAAAAUAACCGCUAAGUGUAUGAAAAUAAAAGAUCUCAAUCAAUUUAUUUGCUUCUUUAACUGUUGUUUCAGGUCAAUACUUUCUGAUUUUAGCCAAUUUUAUGUAAUUCCAUUCGUAAGGUGUAGGUUACUAUUAUAAAGCAAAUAACUACUUCGACUGGGCAUUAAUACCUUACCAUCCACCUAUGAAUAAUUCAACAUUCAUAUGCACUUGAAGUGUAAGUA